AGUGGGGUUUAUUUUUAUUUGUUUUGUUUUGCGUUGGGAUGUUUUCGUUUUCUAAUAUGAUCAAUUUUCUAUCAAGCCUUUCAUGAAAACCUAUUGAUUGCCAAGUGAAACCAUACAUAUAAACAAUUCUAUGUCAACCAUUUCAUGAAGAACCACUACUAUAUAUACACAGCAUUGGACAAUUGCUUCACUAAUUGUUUUGAAGAUAGAAAUCGCAUCGGCAAAUAUGCGUGUUAUACUUUAAUCAUCCUUUUCUUAUCUGGGACAACUCUAACGUGGAAAAUACGCGCACAAAACCAACAUUUCCUCAGCAUCUACUGUCAACUCCAGUUUGAUCUGUUACGAUGGCAUCAGCAAAAAUAGAUCAGAGAGAUUGCGAUCGUGGCUUGGCUACUACGUCAGCUGUUAUGGGUCAUCACGCCUGCAACGAGCAACAACUUAAGUGUGUGCAAGAAAUUUUACCACUUGGUUCCAAGAAUUCAGAAUGUCCAGCUCUGCUAACAACUGCUGUACGGAGACAGCUUGGAAAACUCAGCAGGGAUGUAAAUGAUGAGACAAUCGCCAAAUUCAAGGGGCUUUUUUCAAAGGGCCACUCUCCAUCUUCAGCACUUGAAAUUCAUAAGAUGGAUCUCCAUAUGGAACAUGGAGUAAAUUACAUUUAUCAGGCUGCUGACAGAGCUUUUUGUCCUGAUCUGCCGUUUUGCCACAGGCUGUACAGGAAAGUAUUUGAAGAGAAAUACUCUCCAACCUCUUCAAAACAGUUGAUUGACAGCCUAGAGACAGCUUGUAGGACAUUCAAUGCAGAACAAAAUGGGGAGUUUUGCAAGGUAAAACAAACAGCAUCAGGGAAGAUAGCCAUAGCUGUCUGCACUCUCCUCAUGAUGAGAAUGCACACACUGCACCGUGCAAGUGGUGAACUCAUUUUUAUUGCUGCCUCAGGGGGUCGGACAGGUAUGACUUCAGAGUUUUCCUUCUUCUCACUCACGGUGUUGCAGGUAGACUCCAUUUAGGCUGCCUUAUUGUUUCUUCUGAAGCAACAGAAGUAAUAACAAAUGCUUUCUUACUGUAUAAAGAACUUUUGCCAUCUGAUGCUUUUUUGGGAAGAGGUAAUAGAGGACCUCAGGUGUACCUCACAGAUGACAGUAGUGCUGAAAGGCAGAGCCUGCAAGCUACAUUCCCUGAAGCAACACUUCUUCUUCUACAAAUAGACUCAGUUUUGUGUAUAGAUAAUUACUCUGUAGAUAUAUGUAUUACUAACACUUUUUGAUGCUUUAGUACAACUGUAUGUGACCUUUCAUGCAAAUAUGGGGUUGAGAAAAGCAAUGAGCUGAUAUACAAUUACCAUUACUUCAAUGCUAUGUUCAUUCACUAAAAGUUACUACAAAUGGAUAACAAUGAGAAACUGCAGUAACAAUUAUUUAAUGCUGUUGAAUCUUCAACAAAAUUGAGUAAAGAACAUUUGAGAACAUUACAUUUUGUAAAAUGCAUGUUUAUGUAAAAGAAAUGCCUUCUAAAUAAUGUUGGGUAUGAAUACCACUUUAUACUUUUAUGGGAGUUUUUGAAAAGAGCAUGAUGUAAAUUAUUUUGCAAAUUCUGCUGAGAUAAUCCAAUCUCAUACAAGUUUAAAUAUCUGGUAGCACUAAGAAAGAUGUUUUAACAAAAUUUAUAAGAAUAAUCCAAUUCCCAAUAUCAUAGCAAAUUCAGUGAAAAACAAUUAAGAUCAAAGUUGUUAUUGUGUACAUAGUGAACAUUUAAUUACUUUGUCUUCAUUUACUUUCUGUGUAAUAUAGUUCUUCAAAUAUACUGUGCAUAUAUCACAUAUUUCAUUAUUGUGUAUCAUACAGUUUGUUCUACAUGCCCUCUUAGGGUUCUGAUUAAAUUUUUGGGACUUUGAGCAUUGAGUAUACAUGUUUCAGUAUGGUUUUACAAAUGUCUGACAGAAUGAAAGCCAGGGUGGACCAAAAACUUUAUGUUAUUGCUGACAAAUGAUAAAUCUUUAUUUACUAGGGUAACAGAAUAAGCAAAAGUUGAGUGUUGUUUUUUUUUUACAUCUAGCCCUGUAUGAAUAUAUGAGAAACGUAUUAUGCAUUUUAUAUGUGAAUGCUUUUUUUUCACUUUUUAGAAAGGAAGCGACUGAAGUUGCUUAGCGUAGCUUUUGCCUUUGCCUUUCAGUUAGAGCAUAGCUUUACUAAAAAUGUCACCACGUACAGUCGUACACUAUACAUCAGCCCUUCACUUU